AUGUACGCCAAAGGGAAAGGUUCUACUGUCCCCUCGGAUGCUCAGGCAAGAGAAAAACUUGCCUUGUAUGUUUACGAAUAUUUACUUCAUGUUGGGGCACAGAAAUCAGCACAGACGUUUUUAUCAGAGAUCAGAUGGGAAAAAAACAUAACCUUGGGGGAACCACCAGGGUUUCUACACUCAUGGUGGUGUGUAUUCUGGGAUUUAUAUUGUGCAGCUCCAGAAAGGAGAGAAACUUGUGAUCACAGCAGUGAAGCAAAAGCAUUUCAUGAUUAUGGUUUUGUAAAUUCAGGCUACAGUGUCAAUGGCAUGGCACCAAAUGCAGCGGCACCUAGUCCUUUAGGUCAGAUACCUCCACAAGAUGGCAUGCCAGGCGGCCCUAUGCCACCCAGUUUUUUCCCACCUCCCGCUUCCCAGCCAUCCCCUCACACGCCACCUCACAACCCUAUGAUGAGUCAGAGUCAGCCAUUUAUGUCACAUAGGUAUCCAGGUGGUCCCAGAAUGCCUGUAAGGAUGCCUAGUCAAGUAGAUUUCAACACAGGGCCUCCUGGGCCAGGUGGUGGGCAGUUGCCUAUGCCUAAUAGUAUGGAUCCAAGGCCAGGUCACCCAGGAAUGAGUCCCAUGCAGAGAAUCAACCAUCCAGGUGCAAGAAUGCCAGUUCCAAUGAAUCCUGUUGAUCUUCCCUGGCAGAUGUAUGAAUCCUUACAGAGUUACAGAGGUCCUCCACCACCAAACUCAGGCAUGGGACCGGGGCCUGGACCUGGAGGAAUGCCACCCUUAUCCAUGCCUGGAGGACCAGGAGCACAAGGCAGAUGGCCACCCACAUCAUCAUCUAUGAAUUGUGCAUCACCAGCAAAUUAUAAUAUGAAUUGUGCAUCACCAGCAAAUUAUGAUUAUGUGCCACAGGGCCCCCCACAAUCAGGAGGGCCUCCAGGCACACCAAUUAUGCCUAGUCCACAAGGUGAGAUGCGAAGAACUCCAACCUCAUACAGCCCUGUUAUACACGAUGCAGGAGGUACAGGUGACCCCAUGUAUAUGCUGAAACAAGGACCUCCAGGGAUGACAGGAAUGCCAGGGUUUCCAAUGGGCGGACCAGAUGGACCGUUGGGUCCAUUAGGACCAGGUGACAUGCCACAAGUCAUGAAUGGUGACAUGGAUGGUCUCAAGAAUUCCCCAGCCAAUGGACGUGGGACUCCGCGAGAUGAUAUGCCCUCUGUUGUUGGGGGAGACCUGGGCCCCUAUGGCCUAGGAGGCUAUCAGGACAGU